AUGUCUUCUGGCCUUUGUCAAAAAUUCAAUAUAGCGGAAUACAUUUUGAGAAAUAAGUACCUAUCCCUAUGGGAGACUGGACAGGUCAGAAUUACUCGCAAUCAUUAUGGUACUCUCUUCGAAGCUUUCAAUUUGCCUGAUCAAGUAGAUCAUGCCGCUCACCAACUUGCAACUUCAAAGCGAGCUGUGCAACGGAAUAUGCGCUGCAUUUGGCUUCUUCAAAACACGAGUACAGAGCAUUUAUGGACGUGUGCGGAGUCGGUGAACGCUAUUCCUAGAGAAAGACUUGUAGUAGAUUUUGUAUGGAAAAGGCGGGCAAAUCGAGAUAGGUUCGAUCGACUACGAAUUAUGACGUUGGAGAUAGCGUUCUUUUGGCUUCUCUUUUCGAGGCUAUCAUAUAUGGAGAUUAUUGCUGGCGCCUAUGCGUGUUGUAGACUACAUCGAGAGAGCCAUGUCACUAGUGUGUUCCACAGCAUAAUAUCACACAACACGGAAUAUAACCAGGGAGAGUACAUUCCUGCCCUAAAUUUCCAUGUCAUUCUCCAUGUUAGAAAAGAUGGAGCAGUGUCAGGGACAUUCUCAGCCUUAGAGGGUCUGAGAUUUAGCGAACUCAGAGCUCCUCAGCUGUCCCAAAAAAAGAAAAAUAUCUUCAGUAAUGAUGAAAGUCCCAACCUCGAGUUUCUCGCUAAAAUAACUUCAAAAAUCUCAGGGAAUUCACAUGGAAUUCGACUUUCCAUAUCUGGGACAUGGGCUGCAAAGUUUAAUUGGCUCUGGUACUUCAAAUACUUAUCCAUGGCAACCUCAACCCCUGGAAUUGAUUCAUCAAAUUGCUCAGGACAGCACCUAGCACCUACUCAAGACUCCACAACAUGUCUGGAAUCGACCCUUGUCGGCACGUCAUUUAGAAAAUGCCGGGCCUCUCAUACCAUGACUAGCUUUUGGAUCGAUCAAAGUCAUCUCACAAGCUAUGCACAUGGAAGCAACCUCUCUGCUUCUCUACAACUAAGUGAUUGCAAUCAAUUGGUUAUCCUGUUCGUCAAACAAAAUGGUGCAAGGAAACUUUCUAUGGACUUUUCCGGGCCGUUUCCAAACCGCAAAUCGACUCCUUCUCAUUUAAACAAUAAACAUUUGGAUUCUGACCAGUGUGCCAGGAGCCUGAUUCAAUAUCUAAAUCCUACUCAAUUCUCACGCUUGAGAUAUCCAAAACGAAAGGCGGCAAAGAUAUGUCGCUUCCUGUUUUGGGUGAACGGUCUCGCCUACAUUUUCUGCAUCGCUCACCCUGAAAACCUGCUAUUUCACAGAACUGAGUAA